CGCGAGUAGAACAUUUCGGCGCGCGAAAUCUACAGCAGGAAGACAGAAACGGCGAGUUUUUGGUUUUGAAUCAAUCAAACUAAAUUCCAUAAUCUACAAACAUCUACAUUAAUAUGGCAGAUCCGAAGGUGAGGGAAACACCAGAAGAGCAGGAGACUUCAACAGACAAUGCAGAAGAAUCAAACCACGAUCCCCAUUAUGAGCCCAUCGUGUCUCUUCCAGAGCAGGAUGUGAAGACACUAGAGGAGGACGAGGAGGAACUGUUCAAAAUGCGAGCGAAGCUCUACCGCUUUGCCUCUGAGAACGACCCACCAGAGUGGAAGGAGCGCGGCACAGGCGACGUCAAGCUCCUGAAACACAAAGAGAAGGGCACCAUCCGCCUAUUGAUGAGGCGAGACCGGACCUUAAAGAUCUGUGCCAAUCACAACAUUUUCCCUGUGAUGGAGCUGAAGCCCAACGCCGGCAGCGACAGGGCAUGGGUAUGGAACACACUUGCCGACUUUGCUGAUGAGCAUCCCAAACCUGAACUCCUGGCAAUCCGUUUCCUCAAUGCAGAAAAUGCUCAGAAAUUUAAGGUGAAGUUCGAUGAAUGCAAGGAGGAAGUCCGAAAAUCUCAAGACGGAUCAGGAGAAAACACUGACAGUGCAAACAAAGUGGCAGAGAAACUGGAGGAACUAUCUGUAAAAGACAAGACCAAGACAGAGGAAAAGAGGGAGGAGGAAAAGGAGAAAGUGGCAGCAGAAGAGAAAUGAAACCAAGAACUUGCUUUACUGAUCUUCGUGUCAUUUUCUACAAUAGACUCUAAAGAAACUGAAUUUGGACACUUGCAUAUUGAUUUAUUUAGUUUUUUUUUUAAUGAUUUGUUUACCUCGAGAUCACAAGACCUUGGUGCUGCAAAAAAAUGAUCCAUUCAUUAAAAUGUGCCCCUCCCCACCCGCCCUCUGCUUUUUCCAUCAUGGAAAACCUAGUUGUCUGUUCUGCUCAUCUGUCACUCAUUUCAGACAGAAGUAUUACCUGUUUUGGUAAAUUAGCCCAUUUUAUUUACCGCUUUCAAAUUAGGGGGGGGGGGGGGUGUUUGCAUGACAAAUUAGGAAGGUAUUAAACAAUGAACGUGUUUAAUGAAUUUACAUGCAAAAAAACAGCAUCACGGGGUGGAUCCGAUUAUGCUUUGCUGGAGGGCACUGGUCUAUGGCACGUAACGUGAAUGGGCAAAAGCAGUGAUGAGGAGCGCCCUUCUCAAAUAUAACAGUAAUCUGUGUUGUUUAGUCAUGUUGUCAACAAGGCAGCAUGGUGCAUCGUCCAUAAACAUGUUUUUCCAUAAAAUGUUUGUUUUGAAAUUAGAUUUCAUUGGGAAGGAAGAUAAGUAAUCACUUUUGCAUGUGAACACAGAAUCCUACUCAUUAUACCACGUGCUUAAUUACAUCACUUUUGCUUUGAGCCGGCUUUCACUUGGUGCGAAACACGCCUACUCCCUCAUUCACACAGACCCGAUACCUGUAUUUUGGUUACAGUAGGGUUUCCAAAACUCAGGACCCCAAGGGGUACACGUUUUUGCACUAGCGCUACACAGCUGAUUCAAAUCAACUAAUCAUCAAGCUUUGAAUCAGCUGUUUAGUGUUAGGGCAAAAAACUAAAUGUAUACCCUUUGGGUCUUGAGGACAGAGUUUGGGAAAUGCUGGGUUACAGGGACUGUGAAAAUGCAGUAAUCAUGACUAGGUCUUUAGGUGGCUUUUACUUUGCCUUGUUUUUAUACCCUACCCCUUAAAGAUAUACCAAAAAGCAGGUGAAAAUAAGCAGUUGUGGUACGUUUGUGGGAUCUUUGUAUAUGAAAGAGGUAUCGGUGUCAAUUUACCAUACUGUGAAAUGAGGCUUGUGAUAUUGGUAAUUCCCACAUUGGGUAAGUCUUUUGUUAUUCUGAAGCAAAGUUAGUUCAUAUGGAACAGGACUGCUUGUUAGCGCCACAAGUAUGGAAAACGGGCAGAAAGGACGUGUGAGGAGCAGUAAUGUCUUUGGCACGAAUCUCAAUAUGGAGGCUUCCUCUGUAUCCUCUCCUUAGUCUUUACUGAUCUUAAUACAGGCAAGGUGGUGGCUGCUUACCAGGCAGGAAUUUGCCUUCACCUGUCCACUUAGUUCAGAGAUUGGCAACUCCAUCCCAUGGGAGCCUAAUUGGUGUCACACUUUUGCCCAGCUAACACACCUGACUCAAUCAACUUAUCAUGAUCUUCUGUUUAGAAUGUAAUUCAUUUAAUCAGCUGUGUUUGCUACGGAUGGGGGGGGUGUUACAACUCCGGCCCCUGAGGACUGGAGUUGCCCAUCCCAGGUGAAGGAGAGGAAAUUAGUGGAGGAAGACACUUUGGACCAUUGAGACACAGCCGUAGCUUUGUAAAAUCAGGUGUAAUCUGGGAACUAGUCUGCUGCUCGCUCAGAGGUCCUACUGCAUAUUCUCAUUUGCAUAAUUCAGCUUCAUUUUGUUGUUGACUGAUCACACCAAAUCAAAAUGAAAGACAACGGGUUAUCAGAAUUAAGCGUAGGCUCGUCAAUCUAUGUUCUGGCUCAGGUCUCCUUCCCGGUGGCUCAAGUUUGUUUUUAGGCCAUAAUACAUUCCCUCAAAGUGAAACAAGCAUGUAGACAAGGUAUAGUGGAAGAGUGUAUUGAUGCGGUAUUAGGUGUGCUCACCGUGCUAACCUGUCCCCACUAACUGCAUUGACCCUGCAUCGAAGUGCCAGUGCAUCUGUAAAUACAUGUACAUGAAUGGAAUGUUGCUUUUCAUUUCCACUCAAAUGGUUUUAAGAUGUUUCCUCCACCUUCCAAUAAAAGCUCUCAAAGACCA